AUGAAGCCGAUCAAGCAAGACCCAGACAAUCCAAUUGAGCAAGGCAAUUUCUCUGAAGCCUUUGCCAAUAGCCUGAAGGUUUCAUCUAGCAAAACCGAAAUUGGUCAAAUCGCUACACCUGUGGAUGCAAGUAGGAGUCAGAUGGAAGAGGAUACUGCUGGAGGGUCAAAAUCUCAGCUUGGCUCUGCAAAAGAGACAGCAUAUCCAAUUCAUAAGUUCUGGGAAACUCAACCUGUUGUGCAGUAUAAGGAUAUUGGAGACACGAGUUUGCCUGAAGGCCCAAUUGAGCCGGCGACUCAGUUAUCUGAGGUCCGGCAAGUGCCCUACAAACUUCCUACGGGGUUGAAAUGGACCACAUGCGAUUUGAGCGACGAUGAUAUGUUGACAGAGGUGUGGAACUUUCUCAAUAACUACCUUUGUGAAGAAUAUUAUAACCGCAGAUAUAUUCUCUCCAAGGAGUAUCUAAGGUGGAUACUGCUCCCACCUGGUUAUAAGCAGAGCUUGCAUGUUGGAGUUCGUGCCGAUACCCCAAACUCGAAGAAUCUCCUUGGCUUAAUCGCUGGCGUGCCAACAAAGAUCAGGCUUCGUGGUGAGGUUGUUACAAUGGCCAAAACCAAUCUUCUUUGUGUUCACAAGGAUCUCAGGUCUAAAGGAAUUACUCCUUUCAUGAUCAAAGAGGUCACUAGAAGGGCUCAGUUGGCGAAUAUUUGGCAAGGGGUUUAUUGCUCACGGAAAGUGGUUCCUACACCAAUCACCACAUGCAAAAAUUGGCUCAGAUUUUUGGACCCCAAGAAGCUAAUCGAGAUUGGGUUGACAACGUUUGGUCCAAGAAUGAAUAUGAAGAGGAUCAUCAGACUCUACAGCUUACCAGAUGCACCGCUUACUCCUGGAUUUAGGCGAAUGGAACCACAUGAUGUCUCUGCUGUUGAAGGGUUGCUCAACGACUACCUUAGACAGUUUAGAGUUGCAGCGCACUUCGAUUACUUGGAUGUCGCGCACUGGUUUGAAACAAAAGAAGAUGUCGUCGAGAGCUACGUAGUAGCAAACCCGGAAACUGGUGAUGUCACUGAUUUCUGCAGCUUCACCAUUUUAAACUACUCUAUCCAUGGUAACCCGAAACACACAACAAUGAAAGCUGCAUAUUCUUACUACAAUGUCGCCACAAAGACCUCGUUUGUCCAGCUGAUGAAGGAUGCCUUAAUCGUCUCUAAGCAGAAGAAUUGUGAUGUGUUCUUUGCGGCCGAUGUGAUGCACAAUGAGAGUUUUUUUAAAGAAUUGAAGUUUCGUGAAGGAGACGCAGAGGGUUCUCACUACUAUCUGUACAACUACCGUCUGAGAAGUGCAUUGAAACCAUCAGAACUUGGGCUUGUUCUCAUCUAAGUGGGAGCUUGU